CACGAGAGUACAGUUGAAUCCCUGUGUCGACUUUUCCCAUUUCCUCACCGGAUUAUCGCCAUUUCCACCCCAUUGAGCACGACGGAAGUCUCGCAGCCAUCACCGAAAUACUCACAGCGAAGCCAUCAGACCGGCCGGCAGUCCCCGGGUGUGAAUAUUAUACGUACACUCUACAUUAGUGCAACAUGAAGCUUUUUGCUCUUUUGAGCGUCCUCGUGACCCUCCUGGCCAGGAUCCACUGCGAGGCGGAGGUGAAGGUGGAGGACGGCGUGCUGGUGCUCACCAAAGACAACUUUAAGGAAGUCACAGAGAAGAAUGAAUUUGUCCUCGUGGAAUUCUAUGCUCCGUGGUGCGGACACUGCAAAGCCCUGGCGCCUGAGUACGCCAAGGCCGCCAAGACGCUGGCCGAGCGCGAAUCGGACAUCAAGCUGGCCAAGGUGGACGCCACGGAGGAGAGCGAGCUGGCCGAAGAGCACGGAGUGCGCGGUUAUCCUACGCUGAAGUUCUUCCGCAAGGGCAGCGUGAUCGACUACACCGGCGGCCGCCAGGCUGAUGAUAUCGUCACGUGGCUGAGCAAGAAGACCGGGCCGCCGGCGCUGGAGCUGGAGACUGUGGAGGCGGCCGAGAAGUUCCUGGAGGACAACCAAGUGGUGGUGGUGGGCUUCUUCAAGGAUCGCGAGUCUGACGCCGCCAAGGCCUUCCUGGCUGUGGCCAAUGCCGUGGAUGAGUAUCCGUUCGGUGUGACGAGCAACGAGGAUGUGUACAAGAAGUACGAGGCCAAGUGCGGAUCUGUGGUGCUGUUCAAGAAGUUCGACGAGGGCAAGGUGUUCUUCGAGGGUGACGUUGAGGAGGAGAAGCUGAAGAAGUUCGUGCUCAGCGAAUCCAUGCCACUCGUGGUGGACUUCAAUCAUGACUCAGCUCAGCGCAUCUUUGGUGGCGAGAUCAAGAAUCACCUGCUGUUCUUCCUGUCCAAGGAGAAGGGUGACUUCGAGAAGUAUGCCGAGCCUGCCAAGGCGGUGGCCAAGAAUUUCCGCGAGCACGUGCUGUUUGUCUCCAUCAAUUCUGACGAGGAGGACCACCAGAGGAUCCUGGAGUUCUUCGGCAUGAAGAAGGAGGAGGUGCCGGCCGUGAGGCUGAUUCAUCUGGAGGAGGACAUGGCCAAGUACAAGCCUGAGAAGAAGGAUCUGUCGCCGGAGUAUGUGAAGCAGUUCGUGCAGGACUUCCUCGAUGGCAAACUCAAGCAGCAUCUGUUGAGCCAAGAUCUGCCUGACGAUUGGGACAAGGAGCCCGUGAAGGUGCUGGUGUCCACGAACUUCGACGAGGUGGCGCUGGAUAAGGAGAAGGACGUCCUGGUGGAGUUCUAUGCGCCCUGGUGUGGACACUGCAAGCAACUGGCACCGAUCUUCGAUCAGCUGGGCGAGAAGUUCAAGGAUAACGAUAAGGUGGUGAUCGCCAAGAUGGACGCCACGGCUAACGAACUGGAGCACACCAAGAUCUCUUCUUUCCCCACGCUCAAGUUCUACAAGAAGGGCGACAAUGCCGUUGUGGACUACAAUGGCGAGAGGACUCUGGAAGCCCUCGCGAAAUUUGUGGAGUCUGGCGGAAGCACUCCAGCCACAUCUGAGGAAGAGGAAGAGGACGCGAAGGCGGAUGAGCACGCAAAGGACGAAUUGUAGACUUCCGGAAGCGAUUGAGAGAGGGAUGAUAUAAAGUGUGUGAAUGCGGCAAAAGCGUAGAUUAACGGUGUGAAAGAGUCCCUCUCGGAACCUCUUUCCCUUCUCACAAACUCUCCUCGUUUCACUUCUUCUAUUUUUUUUAACCUAUAAUUCCCCUUCUCAUUUUGUUGUAAGUCUUUUUUUUUUGUAAAAGAGUACCAAGAAGAAAGCUAGAGUUUAGUGACUAAUAUUUCGAGAUGAGAGCAAAAGUAUAUAUUAUAUAGAAAUUUGUGUAAAUGGAAUAAUCGAGACUGUUAAGAGAAUUUUUCAUCGAGGAAAUCCACGGAAGACCGUGAAUGCCUCACACUGCAGUGUUUACUAACAUUCCCUACAGAGCGACUAUAUACUUGAUUGAUAUUCUAUCUCUUAACUUAUUUCAUCUUUAAGAGAGGUAUUAAAAUGGCACAAGAGAAAAAAAGGGUCUGUAGCAGAGCGCAUUUCUACUGAGAAAUUGAAUAAAAUGAUUGGGAAAGAGAGUGA